GCAUAAACAAUACUAGUGAAGCUAACAAUCAUGGAAAAUGAAUUAGUUUCGAGUGAAACUAUUAAACCUUCGUCACCAACUCCUUCUCAUCUUAGAAUAUAUCCACUUUCUUUUAUAGACAACAUGUUUGUUUUUAACAUUCCACUACUCUUCUUUUACAACCCAAACGAGAGUAGUGACCAAAAUUCAAAAAUAUCACAACUCAAAAAAUCAUUAUCUCAUGUUCUAUCCAAAUACUAUAUUUUUGCUGGCAGAUUGAAAGAUAAAAUCAAUAUUGAAUGUAAUGACCAAGGUGUGUCAUUCCUGGUGACAAAGAUAAAAAAUAAAUUAUCAAAUAUUCUUAAACAUUCGGAGGAAAAAAUGUUGAACCCUUUGUUCGCCGAUGGAUUGCAAUGGAAAGAAGGAUAUCCAAGUGAAGCUUUAGUAGCCAUUCAAAUCAAUUGUUUUGAAUGUGGAGGAAUGGCUAUAAGUAUUUGCAUGUAUCACAAAUGUGGUGAUGCUUCCACACUUAUCAAUUUCAUGAAGGAAUGGGCUAUUAUCAGUCAAAAAUUAGAAGAAGAAAAUGGAGAAGAGUUAUUAAUAUCACCCUUUCCUUUACUUGAAGGAGGAGCUUCAAUUUUUCCACAAAAAAACUUACCUGUUUUCCCAGAAUCUCUUCACAAAAGACAAAAGAAUGUGGUGUGUAAAAGAUUUGCAUUUCAACCCUCAGUAAUUAAGUUUCUCAAGGAAUUGGCAAGUUCUAGUUCUGUACUUCAUCCUUCGCGAGUCCUGGUUGUAAAAGCUUGGAUUUACAAGCAUGUAGUUUCAUCAAUGGGAUUAAAUUUCAAGACAUCACCGUUUCUCAUGGCCGUAGACCUUCGCAAAAGAAUGAUUCCUCCAUUGUCUGAAAAAUGUGUGGGAAAUAUAAUUUGGAUGUCAUCUAUGCUCGCUGAUAAGGAGGAAAUGGAGUUGAAAGAUGUAGUAUGCAAAAUAAAAGAAGGGUUGUCUGAAUUUUGUGACGUUUAUCCAAAGUUAUUUGGAGGGAAUGAUUGUUCGUUAUUAUAUGAGUUUAUAAAUAAAGCUAUUAAUCUUAAAUCUAAGAAAAAAGAUGGGGUUGGUUUUAGUAGUUGGUGUAAUUUUCCAAUUUAUGAUGUAGAUUUUGGAUGGGGAAAACCAACAUGGGUUACUACUUGUGGUUGUUCUUGGAAGAAUCUCAUAUUUCUAAUGGAUAGAAAAGAUGGGAAAGGGAUUGAUGCGAUUGUUAACUUGGAAGAGAAUCAUAUGACUAAAUUUGAGCAUGAAUAUGUGGAACUUCUUCGAUGUGCCUCUCCAAAGGUUGUGACAAACUCAUGGAUUGCUACUUCUGAUUGUUCUUGAAAAGAUCUCAUAAUUUUGUGUUUUUUUGUUGAUUACAUGUUUGGUUUGGUUUGGAAUGGCAACUUUUAUUAGUUGUAAUUUUUAUUUUUUUUACUAUUACUACUACUAGAUAAUAAUAAGAAUAAUAACAAUAAUAAUAAUAAUAAUAAUAAUAAUAAUAAUAAUUUGCUUCUGCAAAGAUAUA